GUGAUGCCGACCUCUCCAUGGCUGGACUGGGACUGGUACGGCAUGUCUGUCGAGGAGGCGGUUUAAUCUGAGGGAAACCUGGAUAUUAUGGAGGAAUCGAUGCGUUGACGGAGAUGCAUGAUAAAGACAGUCGGUCUCCACGGCGGGAUGAUUGGCGAUAGACGAGCAGAGGAAUACGGAGAGAGAAAUCUGAGUCACCAUAAUCCAUCUGGACGCAGGGGGGGAAGAUGAGGACCAUGAUGGCUUCGAUGAAAACAGCAUUAUUCGUAUUUGCACACUGGGUGCUCCAGUUCGCCGUGUGUCGCGAUGUUACUCUUCCCAUUGGAACCCUCUACCGUGUCGCCGGGUUUCCCAUGUCCCUGCCCUGUGUUGUGUCGGGAUAUGAGGGACCACGGACCCAGGACUUCGAGUGGUUUUUGUACAGGGACGACUCUGCUGGGAGGCAGAUGGGAGUCAUAUCAACCAGGGAUAAAGACUUCCCUUAUGCCCCGUUCCAGCCCAGGGUGAAUAACGGGGAGGUAAGGGUAGAGAGAGACUCUGGGGACAAGGUACGACUGGUGAUCCAGAGGCUUCGAGCUGAGGACCAGGGGAAGUAUGAGUGCUUUACGCCCAGCACGGAUGCCAACUACCGGGGGAACUACAGCGCCAUAGUGGCUGUCAAAGUGAUCCCUGACACGCUCCAGAUCAGCUACACCCGCUCACUCACUGGUCAGCCUGUGCCAGAGGGGGCUGAAUUAACGCUUACAUGCUCUGCUGGCAUCCAAUCAGAGCAACUCACCCACCUGUCAAUCACAUUUGGGAAGAGGAGUGGAGGAGAUGGUACGGGGAGCGGUGGUGCAGGCGGGGAGGUGAGCAACGUUAGAGAGAUCAUCACCAUUGACAAGCUGUUGGGGGUCAUCCCCGGCCGUGGGUACAAGAAGAGGUACGAUGAUGGAGAGAUAACGCUGGAGAAGAGAAACAUGGAGGCGGGACUGGCAGUGUACGUGAUGAAGAUGAAGGCGGUGCAGCCGGAUGACACAGGAUCAUAUUUCUGUGAAGCUUCACAGUGGAUCCGAGACCCUGAUCGAGCGUGGCAGAAGAUUGCACAAAGGACACUGGACAUUGGCAACUUGACCGUUCAGCAACUAGCCGAGUCACUGAGUGUAACAUCCUCACCCCGGGGGGAGGUGACCCUCCAGAUUGGUUCCCCUCUCAUCCUGACCUGUGAGGUGUCGGGGAUGCCGUCUGAUGUAAACUCAGGGCUGCUCGUUCAGUGGAUGAAGAGGGGAUCUGUAAGCAGCGAUGUAGCUGGUGCCGGUGGAGUCGAGGUGGAGGUGGCCCGGAUGAGCCCAGAUGGUGUUGUGAGCUGGGGGGACGACCUGAGCCGGUCUAGCGGGGGCUCUAUGGAGAAAAUCUCAGAGGGAAAAUACACUCUAAAGCUGUUCUCAGCCCGGCCUUUAGACUCUGGGGUGUACCGCUGUGUAGUGAGUGUUUACGCUGGAAGAAGAAACCCUGGUCCCUCUACUCCAGCAACACACACCCAGAGGUCUGAGGGAGUCACCGUCAACCUCAAGACUAAAGAUGUGGUCGUUUCAGCCGUGGCUCAGCUCCCUCGAGGCCCUCUGUUAAAAAGAGGCAGCACCAUCACGCUGAUCUGCAAUGCCACUGUGACUACCACAGGUCCCGCCCAGGCACAGGUGCAAUUUCUGCGGUGGCCAAUCCCUGAACCGUUUAUCAGGAAGACACAGACCCCAGCUCCUGAUGUGACUCUACCAGCGCCCCCUGUGGAGGAAAAACCCAGAGUAGUAGCUGCCCUCAUGUAUGACGGUGUUGCAAAGAUCUACAUCAACACGAGUGAGGUCAGCAUCGACCGCCUGUCCGCUGUCAGCUACAGACUGAGGGUUCACACCGCGUCAAUGGAGGAUCAGGGCAUGUAUGCGUGUCAUGCAGAGGCUUGGGGCCAGGACCCACAUGGAGGCUGGUACAACACAGGGGCCAGAUCAGAGUCAAAUCCAGUGACUGUUUACCUGUAUGCCAGAGCUGCUGACCUCCUCCUCAUCCCCCUGGUUGUCGGCGUCUCCUCUGCCUUGUUUGUUGGCAUCCUCAUCAUCGCCACAGUUACCUGCUGCUUCAUGAAGCGUCUUGCGAGGCAGCGUGCUCAAAAAUAAGCUUCUGCUAUGGCUGACUUUGAGAAAUCUGAAUGUUUUUGAAGAGGCACGAAGAAAUAAUGCACAGAACAUUACGGAUGAAACAGCCAAGACGUAACUUCAAGGCAAGAUGAAGUCCAAAAAGAAAGUGGUAUGAUUGUCUGUGUUUGAUCCAUCCGUAAAACAAUCAAGGCCAAAAGAUUCAGUUUUAUAUUCUCUUGUAUUUUUAUAUCAAAACAUUAUUUGGAAUAAAACGGUGAUGCUGCAUUACAAAGCAGUAGACAAAAAUCCUGGAUUUUUUAAAACCACUACUCAGUGAGCCUAUCAAUCUUAGUGUAAAAGACUUUUGAAAAUCUUUUAUCAGUCUUCUGUAACUGCAAAGGAUCAUAAUACAAAGGCAAGGUUUUUCUUUCAGUGUCAAAGUAAAGCAAGAAUUUAAGGUUGGUUUUAAGGAAUCUUGCAGAUGUUGCGGGAUCUUAAAGUAUUGUUUCUUUAGAAAGGCUGAGCAAACUCUCAGAAGUCAUUGUUUGAUAGUUACAGUGUAAAGAAACCAAACUGUUCAGAUGUUUUCAAAUGGUGCUGGAUCCAACAGUAAUUGGUAAUGGUUCUAUUUUCACAAAAACAAAAAAAAAAUUCUGUGUUUUCACAGUGUGACGAUGCUGAUAUAGUUGUUAUCUCCUCCAGCAGCAUGCUUCUUUUUUUAUCACAAACAUUAACACAGUCUAAACGUCUGCAUGCUUAAGCCUCCAGCACUGCCACUGACAGUCACAUGAAUGCUGAUGGGAGCAGUUAAGCCUCCAGAAACUUAAUACGAGCAGGGAUCUUCCACCGCCUGCAGUCAGGCCGCACUCUGCAUGUAAACAAAGUCCCUGUCUGUGACUUAAUAAGAACGGCUCAGGCUGAAGACUUUCUGAUGCCAGGACCAAUUGAGAACCGAUUCUAAACACAAGCAUUCCUUGCCUGUGACACUCUGACGCUGAACUGAGCCUUCUAUAUGGACUUGUAUUGAUCUGACAAAGCGAUGGAAGAGAUGUCCCUUAUGCACUGAGCUAAAAUGUGUAAAUAUUGUAUGGAGUUUAGCUGUUUUAUUUUUCUUAAUGUAAGUAAGACUGUAGCUAAGUUAGUCUUUGUGCAAAGCACCUGUGUUUAAAAUUCUGCAGCAGUCUGUUCUGCUCUUUUCAAGCACUUGGACGUUAACAGGACUGGGACCAAAGCCCCUCUGCAUCCUUCUUUUACUUGAUUUACUUUCACCUGAAAAGUCACGUCUUUGCUGCACUUGAGAAAGUUCAUUUAAUUUUUUUUCCUUCUUUUUUUCGUGCAAGUAAAUGUUCCUUUGCUCUCGUCAAGUGACUGAGAAAUGAAGACAGUACUGUGAAAAAGAAACCCCUGAUUGUUACAUGGAGUAACAGAAACGCUGUUGUGUUGUGCCACACUGUUCAAGGUUAAAAUCUCCCAAGCUGAGCAGUCAUAUGACUCGAUGAAGUCUCAGCUUCCUCGUCAUGAUAGUCAUCAUGUGGUUCAGGCCGCAUAUUUCUACUGCCAGUACUUAUUAUGACUUUAGCCUCCGCUUGGAGCCCACAGAAAUCUGUUGGACAGAUUUACUGUGUGAGUGCUCUUAUAAUGAGUGAAACCUAUCCUCCUCUUCCUGUUUAAAACAUCACUUAAGAAUAUUGUGGUUAUAAGAGAGUGCCGCGUUGCAUGAUCAUUUAUAGAGAGAUGUGUUAGUGGAAAAGAGGCAGCUGGAGGCUCUCUGAUGAAGCUAUUCUGGGUCAUUUUUCCCACUUCCAAAAUGAAAUUUUGCUGAGGUUCUUUUAAAUAUCCCAAUUUUGUUUUUAGUUUCCAUCUGAUAGUCUUCGACGUGAGAUUCCCUCUAAAAUCCGCCUGUCCUUCCUAACCUGUGUGCUCUUUAAACCCUGAUUAUAAAUGUUGUUCACGAACAUUAGGGAAUAAAAUCACAGCUCUGCCCGCUUCCUGAGCCACUUUGCUCCAGAUCAACUCCUCAAAGCUGAUUUUGCUCACUCACACGCCUGCCCACCACAUGAUUACACAUAUACACACAUGCACAAACAUGGACAGAUGCACGUGCACUCACACAGCAGCAGCAGAAGCACAGCGCUGUGCUGUGCUGGCUGGCGUUUCAGAUAGAAGUAUGCGAGUAUCUGCGUGUUCAUCUGUAAUCCCUGUUUAUGGCUGCAGUGUGUCCUGCUGCCCCUCCCCCCCCUCCCUCUCAGUGGAGCGGCGACGCUCGCAUUCGAUUCAUUUCAAUCUCUGUUCCCUCAGAAUUACAACCAGCUGAAAACAAAAAAAGGAAAGCACAUAGCAUGGAAAGUGUGAAAGCUGCUCUCAGUCGUGCUUUUCUUUGAAAAUGUUUUAUACCCUUUCUUGAAGGUGUUACGUUUUGUUUGUAUUGUUUACUCAUGCUUUAAUACCACUGUUCCUGAAUGCAUCUCGCUGCCAUUGAUAUGUAUAAAGGCAUUUUAUUGCUCAGUUUGUUUCUUAUGGUGCUUUGGCAAACCUGCCAGUUGAUAAACCAAUAAAACCACUCUGGA